UCACCCGCCUCCCUUCUUUCUUCUUCUCCCACCUCCUUUUCAUUUUCUCUCUCCUCCAUUUUUAUUCCUCGUGGCUAAAUCUAAGCAACCCAUCAAAUAUUCUUCUUCAACUCUUUAAAAUCUCCAAUAUUUUUCGAUUCUUUGUUAAAUAUUUUGUUAUUGGGGUUUAACGAUUUGAUUGAAUUCGUAAUCGGAAAGUAUGUCUAGCUCGUCGGUGAUUGGUGAUUCCGGUAGAUUUCCCGGCCAAAAGAUGAGUUUCUCGCAGACUUGUAACCUUCUCAGCCAGUAUGUUAAGGAGAAACGCGCUCAAGGUGUUACUGGAAACAUCGAGUCCCGAGGACCAACUUCAACGAUGAAUUUGUUCCCUGUGAGUGGGAAACAUGCAGCUGAAGAUUCAAAUGUUUGUGCUGGGAAAACAAUCAAUCUCUUUCCUCAGCUUUCUGGGUUUAAUUCAAGCGUGAACAAGCGUGCUAACCCCGAGCCUCCGACUCCCCAAAUGACCAUCUUCUAUGGAGGGCAAGUCUUGGUCUUUAAUGACUUGCCGACUGACAAGGCAAAAGAAGUCAUGGACCUAGCUUGUAGCUUUGAAGCUAGCCUCAAGAAGAGGAAAGUCGAACCUACCAGUUCGAGUCCCCCUAGCCCGGUUGCAGCCCCUGUUCCUGCCCAAAACCCCAAACCAACCCUGAAUCAGACCCUGAUUCCAACCCAGAAAUCAAACCAGAACUUGACUGUUGCUCCAAAAUUUGUGAAGAACGUCAUACCAGCUACCGUGCCUAAUGUUUCUGAUCUGCCUAUUGCUAGGAAGGCCUCACUCCACCGUUUCCUCGAGAAGAGAAAAGAUAGGCUUGUGGGCAAACUCCCCGCGGAAAUUCCAAAUGGAAGCCCGGCAAAGCCCCUAGAGGGUAAGGCAGCGUGGCUCGGACUGAAUUCUGUGCCAGUGUUUCAGAUGCAGAAGCCGCAGCAGCAAUCCUAGUAGUUAUAGUAUCAUGUUAUUUAUGUAUACUAUAGGGCAUUAUAUAUAUAAUAUGAUGAAGAUGAUAUAACCAAUGAGCUUAUUAUUGUUAUUAAUUGUAGUGUUUAAUUAUUUAUUUAUGUAAUUUGGGGUUGUUUUGGUUAUUCGAAGCCCCAGUUUUUUAAGUUUAAGUUAGAGCUGACAUUUUUGUGAACCUUUCUAGCUUAUGUAAUUAUUUUAAGCUAGUCCAAGUUCAUUUCUCAGUUGAAAUGAAUAUAGUAUAUGAUAUAUAUUUGUUCUGGUAUUA